AUGCAGGACGGCUGGAGGGACGGCAACGUUGUGGAGGAGUUGCGCCCCGAGGAGAUGAUCUACUUGUUGCCGAAGGGUCGACCUGCCCGUGGCCCCCCGACGAAAGUCAGCUUCGAGGGGCGCAUCGUUCCUGGGGCGACGACUUGCUGGAUGUCUUUCCCUGCGAAGUACGCAGCCUGCUGGGAUAUGUUGACCUGCGAGUCGCCACAAGAUUCCGUGGCCUGCAUCUUCCAAGCCCACGAGGACAAUGGAGUUUCGCAGAUAUCGCCAGGUCUAGGUGAUGACAAGCUGGAGCCAGAUCCCGGUGGCGGAGAGCAGAGCAAGUGGCUCGAGAAGGUUCAGGAGGCUCUCAAGUACGGUCAACGCUUGAAAGUGGCUCUCCCUCCCGGGCAGCUGGGCGCGACCCAGGAGAUGGAGAUGGCAAAGGCCAAGGAGAUGGGCUGGAGUUACGAAGAGGUGGAUGUCUUCGACGUGCUGGAAGAGCAGUUUGAGAAAGGCCACCUGGUCGACGCCUGGUGCGAGGCCACAAAAUCCUGGAGGAGAGGCACGGUCGAGAGGCAGGAUCUUGUGGACACCGAGCAGGGGGACGGUUCCGAUGACACCGUGGUGCGAUGGACACUGCGAUGCCAGAUCACAAAGCAGACUUUCGACGCCUUUUGCAUCUGCAGUACACUUGCGACCAUGAAGGCCAUGCUGGAUCAUGUCGGUCGGCACCUCAGGAGCUCUCGGAGACAGCACGCGUGUGGAGCCACAGGUGAUGUGAAGCUGCGAGGGAUCCUCAUGGAGUGCCUUCCGCACGUCGAUGUGCUCGACAUCGGCACCCAUCGGCUUCGCCCAGAUCUUGUGGCCCUGAGAGGCAAGCUGCGCAUCAAGUCCAUCGGUACCCUGCACAAACUCAGAAAUCGAAUCCUCAAUGACGACCUCGAGCGAGACAUCAACAGGCACCUGGCAGAUCCCCGCUGGGAGGUGGAAGUCAGCAAAUCCCACUUUCUGGAGAUGUACGACGGUAGCCUCCGAGCGCUCGACAAGCUGACGUGUCACCAGAGAGAGCGUCUUAGUGUUAUCAGAGGCUCGGACAUGGUGCACUUGUUUGCUCCUGCCGGUGCCGGCAAGACCUUCGUGGCGGUCGAGCGAGUGAUCGAUGCUCUGAAUCCUGGGGCUGAUGAGCCAACUCCUCGCGUCCUCUAUGUAGCCGCUACCGUCGAGCUGAUCUACUACUUCGUCCAGUGGCUGGCCGUACGCAUCCG